AUGUUUGCUGACCUUUUCCUGCGGGUUCUGCGGGUGGGCCCGCCGCGCUGCAGGCCAGGCUCGGGGGCCCCCGAUCGAACGCCUCUCCGUCAUCCACUGUUUCACCUUUUCUACCGUUUGAUUUGCGAACGAAUUAAAAAGCCAGUUCCUCUUCAAGAACAAACUGUUAAAGAUGCAAAGGGACGAUACCAGCGUUUCCAUGGAGCAUUUACUGGUGGUUUCUCUGCUGGUUACUUUAACACUGUUGGCACAAAGGAAGGAUGGACUCCUUCAGCUUUUGUAUCAUCACGGCAGAAGAGAGCAGACAGAACCAUUCUUGGACCAGAAGACUUCAUGGAUGAAGAGGAUCUUAGUGAAUUUGGCAUAGCACCAAAAGAUAUUACAACCACAGAUGAUUUUGCAUCCAAAACUAAAGACAGAAUAAAAGAGAAAGCUAGACAGAUUGCAGGAGUCAUUGCUGCCAUUCCAGGAACCACUGCAUUUGAUGAUUUAAUAGGACCAUCAAAAAUAACAGUUGGGGUUGAACUGUUACGAAAAAUGGGCUGGAAAGAAGGACAAGGAAUUGGACCACGAGUCAAAAGAAAGCCACGCAGGCAGAAACCUGACCCUGCAGUGAAAGUAUAUGGUUGUGCGUUACCACCUGGACUGUCUGAGGGUUCUGAGGAUGAAGAGGAUGAAUACCAGCCAGAGAACGUGACAUUUGCGCCAAAAGAUGUAAUGCCUGUAGAUUUGACUCCAAAAGAGAAUGUCCAUGGACUUGGCUAUAAGGGUUUGGACCCCUCACAAGCUUUGUUUGGUGUAUCUGGAAGAGAACACCUAAAUCUUUUCACAGGUGGUUCUGAAGACACAAGCAAUUUACUUGGUGAUCUGAGACACAGUAAAGGAAGAAAACUAGGUAUUACAGGUCAGGCUUUUGGUGUGGGAGCUUUAGAGGAGGAAGACGAUGAUAUUUAUGCAACUGAAACACUCUCAAAGUAUGAUACGGUUCUAAAAGAUGAGGAACCAGGAGACGGCUUGUAUGGCUGGACAGCGCCUAAGCAGUAUAAAUCCAAAAAAAGGUCUGAAAGAGAAGUUAAAUAUAUAGGCAAAAUCUUGGAUGGUUUUUCCUUGGCAUCCAGAUCAUCAACACCAAGCAAGAUUUAUUCACCGCCUGACCUGCCACGAAAUUACAGACCAGUCCAUUACUUUCGACCUGUAAUAGCAGCUGGGAAUGAAAACUACUGUUUGCAGAAGGCAUUAGAGGAAUCAACUGGACAACUUAAGAGUGAUAUGACACAACAAAGCAGGCAUGCUUUGACUGCGUCUCAGAGGAGGGAACAACUAGGAGAGACUGGUCUGAAAGGUCCAGCUCCUUCUGUUUUGGAUUAUCUGUCUGAGAAAGACAGAGAAAGACUCAAAGAAGCGAAGCAAGCAUCUGAACAACAAAUGAAGGCAAGAAUGUUGCCUCAUCAGUCACGAAAUAGCAGAUUCCAGCCAGCCUCCCCGGAUGAUGCUUCUCACAAAUGGCAAAUGUUGUUGGGGGAGCAGUUAGCAAAUGCUGGUUCUAGUGACUUCAAACCAUUUGCAAGAAAUCCAGAAAAACAAAAAAGAUACGAAAGUUUUGUGAAAAGCCUUAAACAAGGAGAAAAAGUAGAUACAUUGGAGCAUUAUUUAGACCCAAGUAUGACAGAGUGGGAGCGAGGAAGAGAACAAGAGGAGUUCUUCCGUGCAGCCAUGUUCUACAAAUCCUCAAAUUCAACGCUCUCAUCCAGGUUUACCCGCGCCAAAUAUGAAGAUGAUGUUGACAAAGUCGAAGUUCCUCGGGACCAAGAGAAUGAUCUUGAUGAUAAGGAAACUGCUGUGAAAAUGAAGAUGUUUGGCAAACUCACAAGAGACAAGUUUGAAUGGCAUCCUGAAAAGCUGUUGUGUAAAAGAUUUAAUGUUCCUGAUCCAUAUCCUGAUUCUUCCGUUGUUGGGUUACCAAAAGUGAAACGAGACAAGUAUUCUGUGUUUAAUUUCUUAACUCUGCCUGAGCCCACCACAUCUGUAACUCAAGCAAUGAAUGAAAAAAUCCAACAGAAUAACAGUCUCAACAAACCAAAGAAACCUUCAAGAUGGGAUGUGUCAGAUAAAGAGAAGGAGAAAAAAGAUUCUAUCAGUGAAUUCAUUAGUCUUGCUAGGUCAAAAGUUGACGUUCAGCAGCAGCCACCAGUGCCAGCAACAGAAGAAAGUGGAACUGGGCCGAGUGAAACUCCUUCUGCUGAGAUAUCUAAUGAAGAUAAGGAUCAGGAAGAAGAAAGCAGACCGUCCAUGGACUUAUUUAAGGCUAUCUUUGUGAGUUCCUCAGAUGAAAAAUCAUCUUCCUCUGAAGAAGAGAGUGAUGAAGAACAACAACCAACUACCUCGGUAACAGAUUCAGAAACCGCCAAGCAAGUUGAUCUACCAGACAGUUCUUCAUCUAAUGUACAAGAGAAUGUGGCUCCUACAACUGAUCCUGGUGUUCCUUUGUUGCGUACUUCAAAGCAGGAACCGGAUGCAGCAGAGGAAUUUGGACCAAAGUUGCCUCCAGCUUUUUCUUCUGGCCCUACUUGGCAACCAGUGGUGCCAGGAAGUUUUCCUGGGCCUAGUAGGAAAGAAAAACACAGAAAGAACAGAGAGAAACACAAGACUAAGAGAGAACACAAACACAAAAAGGAAAAGAAAAAGAAACAUAAGAAACAGAAAAACAAAGGAAAACACAAGAAUAAAAAAUUAGAAAAAAACAGCAGCUCAGACACUGCAGACAGCAGCGACAGCCUUAGUGAUACAGAUACCACAGGCUUGUCACCCAAAGAACUUCUGAGAAGAUUAAAACAACUUGAGUAUUGA